AUCUUUCAGAUCCAUCAUGUACUACACUGCUGACCUUCUGCUGGGAGAAAGACCCUGGCUAAACCAGACGUCAGCCUGCACCUUCCACCAGCCGGGCGCGUCAUCAGAUGACGACACAGACGAGCCCAUUGACGAGAACGACAACAACAACGACGACGGAGGCGACGCGGGAAGUUCCCAGACUCCGGACCAGUCUGGCGGGGAGUCGUCCGCUGCUGCUGCAGAAGAGGGCGUCACCUUCCAGGAAGCCGCGGCAGGGUCAGAGGGCAACUGGACGAGCCUGCAGGAGUACGUGGGCAAGUACGAGAACGACUUCUUCGGCAACCUCAGCAUCGACCUUGACCCUCUGACCCAGUUUCUCAAGCUUUCUUACGGGAAAGUGGGUCAGGUAGAGUUCACUGUGAGGGAGACAGAGACUCGCCUCCGGGGACGCUUCACAGGGCUGGUGGAGAUUUAUAAUAACCAGGACGCGUGCAACGAGAAGAUACAGUUCCACCUAUCCGCCGCCGGGUCAGUGACUGGUCUGGCCUUCCUCAUGGAUGAUGACGACGGUUACGUGACCUUCACGCGUGCUGGCUACGCCUCUGGCUGGUCAAACGGAGGACAAGCGUCGAUGUCGUCUGCUGCUGUGAAGUCUGUUCUGCUCACCUGUUGUUCCGUCAUAGCUUUCUGCUUUUUCAAUGUGCAGAUUACAUAGUACAUGCUUUAUUUUGGGGUUUUAUGUUAUAAUAUUC